AUGGACUGGAGGACAGUGCAGUCUGCCACGACUGGAGUUGACAAAUACUGUGUUGAAGGGCGGCAUUCUGGGGGUGUAUGGAUCGUGAGUGACAUCUUCAGAGACCCUUACGUCUCCGUCUACAUCUAUGAAGCGGGCUCCCCUUUCGAAAAUGUCAUGAAUCAGUAUAUGAUCACUGGCAAGGGUAUCAAUCCUUUCAAUCCAAGAGGCCUUGGUGCGGAAGGCAUUGCGUUGAAUGCGACGGUAGCUGGCGCAACAUUGGGUGGCAACGCUGUACUGACAGCAACGGAAGUUGGCUCGGUACCGACGAAAAUAUCGCCUGCGGUGACUGGGAUGGGUCCUUUGGGUGUGGAGUUGGAGAUUGGGUCGCGAUGA